CGGUAAGUCACUUCACCCAAAAGCCUCAUUUGGAACACCACGAAUACAAACCAGCGAUUAUGUCCACAUCACCCAUCAUUGACGAACAUUCCAAACACGCCCUUAACUUUAGCUUAAAACUAAAAUGAAUAUUAUUAUAUCAUUCUAAACGCGAAUUCGAAUUUGGAUCUUAAUUUUUAUUCAGUGAGUUGGAGUUUCAAUAAUGAUGGAGAGAGCAGAUUCUGUGCAGAAGCUGUACACACGUAUGCGAUUAUGGGAAUUUCCUGAUCAGUAUGUGAUUGAGCCAACAGAUGGAUCUUCUGGUUCUUCUUUGGCUGUUAGUCGAGUUGAUGGAUCCAUGAAACUCAUCGAUGAGGUUCCAGAAUGCACCACUGUUCGAGUUCCGAAGAUUUAUACGAUUUUCGGUGUUGUUGGGAUAUUGAGGCUUUUGGCUGGAUCAUAUUUGAUGGUCAUAACUGAGCGUGAAUGUGCUGGAUCUUACCUGGGGCAUCCAAUUUUCAAAAUUUCAUCCAUGAAGGUUUUUCCAUGUGAUCAUUCACUUAAAAGUACCCCUGCCGAACAGAAGAAGGCGGAGUUGGAAUUUUCUGGGCUACUAAAUGUUGCUGAGAAAACUACUGGUCUGUUCUUCUCAUAUGAAACUAAUUUAACUCUGAGUGCCCAGCGGUUGAAUGACCUGGGCGAUGAAUCUAGAUUGCUUCCUCUUUGGAGACAGGCAGAACCUCGAUUUCUAUGGAACAAUUAUAUGUUAGAAGUGCUCAUAGAUAACAAGCUUGACCCAUACUUACUCCCUGUAGUCCAAGGCAGUUUCCAUUACUUUCAAGCAGCUAUUGGGAAAGAUAUUAUUGAUGUCACUUUGAUUGCUAGGAGAUGCACAAGAAGAAACGGAACUCGAAUGUGGAGAAGAGGAGCUGAUCCAGAUGGAUAUGUUGCCAAUUUUGUGGAAACAGAACAACUUAUGCAGUUCAAUGGGUAUACUGCUUCAUUUGUUCAGAUUCGUGGUUCGAUUCCUCUGCUCUGGCAGCAAAUUGUUGACUUAACAUAUAAACCGAAGUUUGAGUUAUUGAAACUCGAGGAAGCUCCACGAGUCCUGGAGAGGCAUAUAUUAGAUUUGAGAAAAAAAUAUGGAGCAGUGUUGGCUGUUGAUCUUGUUAACAAGCAUGGAGGUGAAGGACGGCUAUGUGAAAAAUUUGGCAGUACAAUGCAGCAUGUGGCUAGUGACGAUGUAAGAUACGUUCACUUUGAUUUUCAUCAUAUCUGUGGACAUGUUCAUUUUGAACGUCUAUCAAUGCUAUAUGAUCAAAUAUCAGAUUUUCUUGAGAGAAACGGAUAUCUUUUGUUGAAUGAAAAGGGAGAGAAAAUGAAGGAGCAACUUGGAGUUGUUAGGACCAACUGUAUUGAUUGUCUAGACCGUACAAAUGUAACUCAGAGCAUGAUAGGCCGAAAUAUGUUAGAAUACCAACUUAGAAGGCUUGGUGUCUUUGGUGCUGAAGAAACCAUUAGUUCACAUUCAAAUCUUGAUGAACGCUUUAAGAUCUUGUGGGCUAAUCAUGGGGACGAUAUAAGCAUCCAGUAUUCAGGAACUCCUGCUCUGAAAGGAGACUUUGUCAGGUUUGGGCACCGCACCGUUCAAGGGAUAAUAAAUGAUGGUUGUAAUGCUCUCCAAAGAUAUUAUUUGAAUAAUUUUGUCGAUGGAACAAAGCAGGAUGCAAUUGAUCUUCUGCAAGGACAUUAUAUAGUUUCUGUCGGCCGAGAUACAGCUGCCUCUUCCCAGAAAGGAGGCCUUGAAUCUAUAGCUUCAUUUCCUUUGGCUUUGGGUCUGGUUUUUACUGGAUUUCUUUUUGCAACCAUGUCGUUGAGACAAGUUCGAUAUGAUUUUCGGCACUUCUUCUUUUCGCUAAUGUGGGCAAGCAUUAGUGUCGGUUUGGCAGCAUUUGUGAGGGCCAAUGGACGGGUUUUCUGCAACAGACCACGUCUACACAAUCCCCCACGUUAAGUUAACUUCUACAUGAAUCAAUUUGAGCAAUGAAAUUUUUGUGAAGUAUUCAACUUCUGCAGCAGGAGUCACCGUCAGGGGAUUUAGUUCUACAUUUAAAUCACGUCAACGAAUUCUUAUUUGUUAUUUCUUACUAAUUUGUAGUCAUUGUAACUCCCAUAAAUUAUUUAUAUCACAGUCAAUGACAUAAUAGUCCAAUGACAUCCUACUCAAGUGCUACUCAAGUGAUUACUGCUUGAUUGGUGUUUCUUACUACGCUUCAACCCCUCCAUGUAUAUUUGAGUUUUUGUCUGUGCCCUGUGUAAGAUGGAAACAUAGGUUCCUUGGAUUAUACUGUAUGCUUGUAAGCAAAUUAAUGCAAUAAUUUUACAUUUUAUUUUAGAAGUCAAAGUUACUA